GAGGUAUAUGUGGUGGAGGUGUGAUAACGACUUGCUGAAAACACUCAUACACACCUCCCGUGUCCGAUACGCCAUUCACACCCAAAUCUUAAUAACCCAACUCACACCCCUCUCAGACCAAUGAAGUUCCUCCAUUUCGCCUUCGCCCAAGCUGCCUUACUGCUCGCGAUGUCUUCUCAAACUGUCGCGCAGCUGGGCUCAAGGGAAUGCCACUGCGGCACUAGCGUGAAUAUGCCGCUGACUGAACAAUGCUGUCGCAAAUCGUCGGGGCAGAUGCAUGGUACCGAGUGCACAGCGCUCUCAUUGUCCAAUAAUACGAUUCCCCAUUUCGUAGUUUGUUGUUUUCUCGAAGGCAGUGGCAACAAAGAUGUCGUUCCCGCGACUUGUGAUGAGGUCAAAGAAGGCGAUAGUACUGACGUGGAUGAAGGACUAUGAGAGAGUGCUGGAGACUGGGAGUUGGUUAACAGUUAAUUAGCGCAUCACUUAUCAAUAGCGAUAGAGAGAUGCUGUCUAUUCCGUCAGGCGUGUUCAAUCAUCUGUUGUCGUUA